CAGCAACAGCCAAAAAAGUUCUCAAAGUGCUCAUAAAUAUUAUGCUAGAAAUUGUUAAACAUUUACUGUCUCUACCCCACUCACUCAACGGGUCUCUCUCUCUUUCCGUCUCUCUCGCGUCGCGUCUCUCUGUUGCUGUCCCUCAAAAUGCUACGAAAUUAUCGAAAGUAUUUGCAGGAUAAACGAAAAUACGACAAGGCACAGCGACGACGCAACGACGGCUACAUUUGCCAGCAAUAGACAGACAAAAGCAAAAACAGCAGCAACUAGCAACAGCAGCAACAGCAACUACUACGAUAAGCGAUAUACAGCAAUCGAUAGUUGAUUUGUAAAUAAAGCUAGGGCAACAGCAACAACAACUUUGGAGGACGCCAUGUAUGCGCAACAUGUGCGCAAAUGGAGUCUAAAAACGCAACCGAAACUAAUGUCAUUGAUAUCGAUAGCAAUCUUCGUCAGCUACAUGUUGCUAUUGAUCACAUGUGCGCCGACGAUAACAACAGCUGCAGCGGCAGCAGCAACAGCAAUCGAAAAUCAACACCAGCAGCAGCAAAGAUCAUGGGAAUCAGAAGAAAGCAGCUACUACAUUGCGCUGCCACCGCAGCAGCAGCAGCAAGAGCGGCAAGAGCAGCAACAGCAGCAACAGCUGGCGGACAAUGGCAGCGGGAGCAGUGAAAGCGUCGGCAGCAACAUCGACAACAAUAUCUUAAGUAGGCUGCUUAGCCGGCCCAGCAAUAGUCUUAGUAGCACUAGCAACAUUAAGUUAAGGCCAGCAACAGUAUUCGACGUAGGCAGCGAUAGCGAUGCGGCUGUACAACAACAACAGCAGCAACAUAUUGCUGCGGUGACAACGCAGCAGCAGCAGUCACAGCAACAAGUUCCAAAUAUGCUAAUAAAUAGUCAAAGAUAUAAAUUAUUAAACAAUGGCAUGUCGCCGAGCAGUAAAACACGACGUUAUGCGCUCCAACAGCAACAGCAGCAAUUGCAGCAGCAACAUCAGCACCAGCAGCAGUUACAGCUUAGCAGCUAUGCGCGGCAACUGCAGCUGCAACAGCAAAAUGUUACCGCCUAUAACUAUAGCAGCAGAGUUACAGCCGCAGCGCAACGUUAUCUCAUUGAGUCCUAUGAAGUGCCAGAGAGCAGCCAGGAGCUGGCGGCGCGCAAUCGUCGCGACUUUGGCAGCGACAAUGGCCAGCGGAAGUAUCGCGGCCAUCGACAGCAGCAGCAGGAGGCAAAGCGCGAAUAUCGCCUCCAACGGCAGCAUCAGCGUCAACAGCAGCGGCAGCAGCAGCGACACCAGCAGCGACGAAAACAUCCACGAAAACAUCGGAAUAAGCUGGGCGCUGGUCGCUACUGUUCCGCUCGGGAACCCGACCAGCUGGCGUAUGCGGCGCCCACAGUGAUUAUGGGCGUGUUUAUCUCGAGGACGGCCAAUCGGCCGGCUAAUUUCUCGGCAACAAUGAAGGUGUUGCAAGUGUACAAGAAGCAGCGGGACUUGCAGCUGCCGCAGCUCGUUCGGUUUCAGUUCGCGCAGCGCAACGGAAGCGGCGUGUGCGACAUCUACAGGGAGCGUCCGCAGGUGCGCGGACUGAUCCAUUUCAAUCUGGAGCAGUCCUCCGACAUACCCUACAUGAUGUUUGUGCAGCAAACGAAUCCCGGCAACUUCUCCAUAUUGGGCCAGCCCAUUCGCGCGACGGAUAAGGUGCGUGAGUCAGUCCAAGCGGCUGUGAACGAAAAUUAUGCACAGAACGCAUCGAUUAUAUUGCUCAAAGCUGAACCGAAUAAUGCGACAAUAGAGAACAACGCGGAGCUGCGCAUCACAUGCAUGGUGCAGGGCCGGCCGCCUCCGAAGGUGACCUGGUUCAAGGACGACAAAUCAAUAAAACGCAGACCCCAUGUUUAUCAAAUCAAGCACCACAAAAGACGUUCCCAGCUGAUUGUGCGCCACUUUAACAGUUCCACCGAUGCGGGGAAAUACGAAUGCCGUGCUAAGAACAAAGUUAGCAACACGAUCGACAAGCGACGCAUCAUGAUCAGUGCCCAUCCAGUCUACUCUCGAUCGGAUAAUCCCAACUCGGGCAAACCAUGUGUGAAGAAUCAUUGCUUUCAUGGUGGCACCUGCAGAUUGUUAUUGGAGCUAAAUCAGAUUUAUUGCAAUUGCCCGGAUGGAUUCACUGGCGAGCGCUGCGAGUUCUCUAGGCCAGACAGUACGUACAGCAAUUAUCCCAUGUGUGGCGUCAAGUAUUAUGGAGGGUAUUACUGCUAAAAUAGGCACUUCUAUAGCAUCGAUUGUUUUAAGUCGAGUUACAGAUAAACCAAAUCCAAAAAAAAAAAACGAAGAAAAUAUAAAUCAAAUACAAAUAUAUUUCAAUUAACCAAAUCUUUAAGAGAAUGAUCACAGUAUAUCGGACAACACAUACAUAUAUAAACCAAAUAUAGUUGAUAACACACACACACAUAUAUAUACAUAAACACACACACUCAAACACACAAAGUACAAAUACAGAGUAUACCGGGAAAUUCAAUCCAAUCCUAAGAUUCACUUAAAAUCAAAACCUCCUUCCGCCUCUUUCAAUACAAUUAUCAAGUACUGAGCUCAUCUUCUAUCUUGUUUUUAUUAGAAAACACAUUCCAAAAAGCA